AAGAGAGUGCAUCUGCUGUUGCGUGGGUGGUGCAGUGUGCCGUACUAGCAGAACGUAGAAAGGAUCUACAUUCGUAAUACUUCAAACCGCGGUUCAUCGCUGAAAAAAAAAAUGUUCAAACUAUCUCUGAAACGGUUUGCUUCCUUAUUAUUUUUCCAACUGGUCUUCUUGAGCGUCGAUUUAGGAAUCAACAGCUUCUCGUAUCUGGUCCGUGGCGACAAAGUGUCCAUCAUCUUUCUGUUUUUAGCCCAGGAUGUAUGCUUGAUUCUCUCGCUUACGGCGAUUAUCUUCAGUCUGUACUCAACUUAUGUUUAUCAGGCUGGUAUGGCCCAUUUGCUGUAUGAGAAGUUCCGGGUCCCACUGUUGGCAGCAAUGACGUAUUUCCUGCUCUGCAUCAGCCUACACAUCUGGCAAGUGAUUGAUCACCACAAGUCUCCGUAUCUCUUCCAAUGGCCCAAGGCACUAACGGCUCUCUUCAUCAUACAGAGACUAUUUUCUCCUCUCUACUACUAUCUGUACAAGAGAUCCGCUUUGAAGAUGAGCGAUCCACGGUUCUAUGAAAAUUUGGAUUGGAUCACUUCGCAGUUGGCUAUCAAGUAAAUCCUGGGGGAAGGAAUAGUGCUACUUUACGUUGAAUAUUAUGUGUUUAGCAAUGUCGUUUGUGCACUCGGAUAUAUGGGUUGUUGCUUUUGUUGCAGGAGGUCCGUGGAACCCCGUUGGGUUGGAUCAAACUUCAGUUGUCCGAUUCAUUCAGUUGAAUAUCGAGAUUAUUCAGGCACAUACUUUUUUUUAGUUAAUCUUACGUUAUAGAUUCUAAUAAAAAGUUGCUAUUAUCACAAGGCAGCGAGUUCUAUAGGAAUCUCGUGCGUCGUCUCAAAGUUGAACGAAUAGACUGUCGGUUUAAAUCGAUGUUACGCUCAUAAAGAGUAAAUAAAAAAAAGUAUUGAAAAAUUUGUCGUACUAGCAAGACAGUAAAAUAUGUUAUUGCACAUAUCAAUAAAUCAUAACCAUGAUGUUUGGGAAUUUAUUUGCAUCGAAAUGUCCCUUCUUUAGUAACACGCAUAUAACAGACCCAU